UCUUUUUCACCUUUUUCUAUUCCUACAAAAAUAACAAUAUAUCAAUUUUAUUUCCGUAAAUAUCCGUGCUUGAAGUCACGCAGAAGAGUUGUAAAGGUGAGUAGGAGGGGCGGGCGAACUGCUCGGGGGCGUGGCUUCGUCUCACCUGUGUCAGGUGACAGUUCAAUUUGCUUACAAGUACAACUCAAAAGACUGACGGCUGUGUUAAGUGACCUGCAACAGAGUUUCUCUUUAUCGCACAACAUAACUUAGCGUUGUUUCAUGUUUGAUGUGUGUUAGUAAAGCAUACCUGGCAUUUCAAAGCUGAUGAGAAGAAUUUUCUCCCUGAGGAUAAAAACUUUUGCUCAUGUAUGAUUCCUGAAACCCCGAGGGAUUCCCUGAAGGAAAAAGCUGGAAGCUGGAGUUAGGACAGGUUAGUGCACGUGGCAUUUGGUGAUGCCAGGAUGUUAGAAGAGAUGUCAAUCAAAGCCAGUCACCAUGGUAACACCAGAGUAGGCCCCAGAGGAAGUGAAGACGCAGGAGAGAUGCAAACAUGUGUUGAAAUGAACCACCAAAGUGGUCUCUACCUACAGUCCUCUGAGACCUGCUUUCCCACGAGAAGCUUUCAGCUACAUGAUGAUUUGAAUGAGUUCUCUAAUGAGUGGUCGUCCAUUGGAGACUUGAGCCAAGAUGUUUCCUUCUCUCUUGAGGGCUGCGUCAAGCUGGAGAGGAGGUGGAUGCUGUGGUAUGAAUUCAAGAAGGAACUCUCCUGCUUGGAUGACUGGCUUCGAUCAGCUGAGAAAAUAGCAGCGUCCCCGAACUCCAGCCAUGUGCUGUAUAUUACGGCAAAAGAGGAGUUACAAAAGUAUGAGAACCUGCGUGCUGAGGCCAGGAUACGUUUAGCCCAGCUGGACGGCUUGACCCAGAGGAGUCGAACUCUGGUUGACCUGUUUAGAGGUACUAUGGGCACACGGCUCGUAGAAAUGACGAAGGACUGCGGACAGCGCUGGGAUCAGCUCAGUAACAUGGUGGAGACUGUGUGCCGCAGGUUAAAGCAUUUCGUCUGCCAGCGGGAGGAUUUUGAGAGGCAGAGGGAAGAGAUGGCUGUGUGGCUGGCUGAUAUGGACCUCAGGCUGACUGAAGUGGAGCACUUCUCAGGCAGAGACACCUGCUCGAAGAUGCACCAGCUUCAGGGGUUUCAAGAGGCUGUUGGAGAGAGUGCAGGUAGACUGAACGAUUUGCUCCAGCAUGGAGAAGAGCUGAUCCAAAGGAGCGAGCCGGCGGACGCCCAGGCCAUCGAGAGCCAGCUGCAGGAACUCAUGCUCCACUGUACUCACGUCUUUCAAGGCCUGGGCCGCCUGCACACGCGCCUGCUCAGCAUGAGACUGGUUUUUGAAGAGGACUGGGCUCUGUGUGCCCCUGAUUCUGGCUGUCCCUCUGAGAGUAUGCUGGAGGAUGAGUGUUUUGUAGAGCGCACCAUGGCGCCUCAGUCUCAGGCCUGCCUUCCUCAGUCCAGUCAAGAUCACCUGGUUCUGGAGUGGGACCCUUCAGUGGACAUUGGUGGUUCAAUCUCCCGUGAUGACACCAACUCUGCAGGUAUGUCUUGCACAGAUGAACCAGCCAAAUAUCCUCUGAGGAGGAGAGUCUACAUGAGUCCUGUGGACUCACAUCCAGACAGUGCAUCUGUCAGCGUCAAGCAGCCAGGCGUUGAGAAGAGCUUAGAGUGUACUGCCCCACCCCAGAUGCCAGUGCCAGUCAUCAGAGCUGGCAAGCCUCAGUUUGCCAGACCAUUUAAGACGUCCACACCUGAAACUAGGUCUCCUGAGCCUGUGACCUUUGACCGUAUCAGCGCUUGGCUGGGCCAGACGCAUCAACUUUGUUCUAAAGCCGUCCAGACGGAGCAUGUUUCACAGCCUCGCUCCAGUUUUUCAUCUCUGCUGUCCGGAAAGGAGGAGGAGGGAGUGGAGUAUCAGGAGAACGUGCUCCCCCAGAGACGCCCCCACCUACAGCAAACUUGGCACACGUGCUGCAACCCCCGCCCGUCCCCGUCAUGUGACCUCCAGCAUCACUAUCGCCAACGUCACGAAGACCCACAGAGGCAGCAGGAGAGACUUUCUUUCCCUGACUCAUCGCAGGACAACACCUGUACAAAGUUGAGUCGUGACCUGAUUAGACAGAAGGCCUCUACUAGCAGCCUAUGGCACAGAGGCACCUGGCUGUUGGGGCCCCUGAGGUUUUUUGACAUGCGGAAGGCCUCAGCACCAAUGCUUGCCAUCCUUUUUGCCCUCCUGCUUGCUGUGGUGAUCUGGCCCCUCAUCUCAGUCCACGAUACCUCAUGUCAUCGGUCCAAUACCCUGACCCGCUCAUUUCACCUGGCCCUACAUUACAAAGGACCCCCUCCCACCUGAGGACACAAGCUGUGAUUAUUACAGUAAAGAGCUUAAUAAGCACAUAUGGGAGAGAAAUUUAAUUUUUUCUUUCUUCCCAGAAUUUCUAUGAAAGCAUGCGUCACCUGAAAAUGGAAUGGGUCUCAAAGUUUUGCUGUAUUAAGUGUCGCAAGAGUAUCUUUAGGAACUGUCCACAUGCUUUAAAUAUGGUUGGACUCAAGGCCAUCAAGGCCUGUGAGUGCAAACCCAUGUAACAAGGGCACUUAAUUCUGCUCUGACACUCAUUUUCUCACAAUGUCAAAGUGAAUAGUAUAAAAUUGGAAUGAUCUGACAGCUCUGGAAGCAUCACUGUUGAUAACAACCUUGUUUACUUGAUUUUUUUUUUUUUUUUUUUUUUUUUUUUUUGACUGACCGAUUAAGCAUUUGUGGACCAACCAAUUAUUUAUAGGUUUAUUAGAGGCAAAUUUAAAAAAAAUAAUAAUUUAAAAAGCAGAUUAUGACUGAAAAGUGUGUAAGUGUGUGUGUGUGCGCGCUAACAUUUACUUCAAGAAUUGUUUAAAAAAUAUUGCUGAAAAUGUUGUAGUUGAAGACAGUUUUGUACAGCGAGAGAACAUUUCAUACUGAGUCACAAUAUUUGAUCAAGAACCACUAUAUUGUAUGCUGUUAUCACUGUAACAUUUUUAAAAUGGGCAUUCUGUACUGUAUUUAAUACAUUGCAUCAGUCCAAUGAAGAAGACGCAACCAAGCUUUAAAGCAAAUCCUUGUGCACAUCAAGGAUCGGUUUUGCACUGUUAUUCAUUUUUUAUGACUUCUAAAAUAAAAGAUGAGCGAAAA